UGUCGCGGAGCGGGCGGCCGGCGGCUCGCGGCGUGGAGCUCGGCCGCGGCGAUGACGGACGGCACGUGUCUGCGGCGCCGCGGGGGCCCCUACAAGACCGAGCCCGCCACCGACCUCGGGCGCUGGCGGCUCAGCUGCGAGAUGGGCCGGCAGACGUGGACCUACCUGCAGGACGAGCGCGCCGGCCGCGGGCAGACCGGCCUGGAAGCCCACGCCCUGGGGCUGGACACCAAGAAUUACUUUAAGGACUUGCCAAAAGCCCACACCGCCUGCGAGGGGGCUCUGAACGGGAUGACAUUUUACAAGGGGCUGCAGGCUGAGGAUGGGCACUGGACGGGUGAUUACGGUGGCCCACUUUUCCUCCUGCCAGGCCUCCUGAUCACUUGCCACGUGGCACGCAUCCCUCUGCCAGCUGGAUACAGAGAAGAGAUUGUGCGGUACCUGCGGUCAGUGCAGCUACCCGACGGCGGCUGGGGCCUGCACAUUGAGGAUAAGUCCACUGUGUUUGGGACUGCACUCAACUAUGUUUGUCUCAGAAUUCUGGGUGUUGGGCCUGAUGAUCCUGACAUGGUACGAGCCCGGAACCUUCUUCACAAGAAAGGUGGCGCUGUGGCCAUCCCCUCCUGGGGGAAGUUCUGGCUGGCUGUCCUGAAUGUUUACAGCUGGGAAGGCCUCAAUACCCUGUUCCCAGAGAUGUGGCUGUUUCCUGACUGGGCACCAGCACACCCCUCCACACUGUGGUGCCACUGCCGGCAGGUCUACCUGCCCAUGAGCUACUGCUACGCUGUUCGGCUGAGUGCCACAGAAGACCUGCUCGUCCAGAGCCUCCGCCAGGAGCUCUAUGUGGAGGACUUCGCCAGCAUCAACUGGCAGGCGCAGAGGAACAACGUGGCCCCUGACGAGCUGUAUACACCGCACAGCUGGCUGCUCCAUGUGGUAUAUGCGUUCCUCAACCUGUAUGAGCGCUACCACAGUGCCCACCUGCGGCAGCAGGCCGUGCAGAAGCUGUAUGAGCACAUCGCGGCUGACGACCGAUUCACCAAAAGCAUCAGCAUCGGCCCGAUCUCGAAAACCAUCAACAUGCUUGUACGCUGGUAUGUGGACGGGCCCACCUCCCCUGCUUUCCAGGAGCACGUUUCCAGAAUCCCGGACUAUCUCUGGAUGGGCCUUGACGGCAUGAAAAUGCAGGGCACCAACGGCUCACAGAUCUGGGACACUGCCUUUGCCAUCCAAGCUCUGCUAGAGGCAGGUGGACACCACAGGCCCGAGUUUUCAUCCUGCCUGCAGAAGGCACACGAGUUCCUGCGGCUCUCGCAGAUCCCAGAUAACCCUCCCGACUACCAGAAGUACUACCGCCAGAUGAGCAAGGGCGGCUUCUCCUUCAGCACGCUGGACUGUGGCUGGAUUGUUGCUGACUGCACGGCUGAGGCCUUGAAGGCUGUGCUGCUCCUGCAGGAGAAGUGUCCCUAUGUAACCGAGCACAUCCCCCGAGAGCGGCUCUGCGAUGCUGUGGCUGUGCUGCUGAACAUGAGGAAUCCCGAUGGAGGGUUCUCCACCUACGAGACUAAGCGUGGGGGGCACUUGCUGGAGCUGCUGAACCCCUCGGAGGUCUUUGGGGACAUCAUGAUUGACUACACGUAUGUGGAGUGCACCUCGGCCGUGAUGCAGGCACUUAAGCAUUUCCACAAGCAUCUCCCAGACCACAGGGCAGCCGAGAUCAGGGAGACCCUCAAGCAGGGCUUAGAGUUCUGUCGGCGGCAGCAGAGGGCCGACGGCUCCUGGGAAGGGUCCUGGGGAGUGUGCUUCACCUACGGCACCUGGUUUGGCCUGGAGGCCUUCGCCUGCAUGGGGCAGAGCUACAGAGAUGGGACUGCCUGUGCAGAGGUCUCCCGGGCCUGUGACUUCUUGCUGUCCCGGCAAAUGGCAGACGGAGGCUGGGGGGAGGACUUUGAGUCCUGCGAGCAGCGGCGUUACGUGCAGAGCGCCCGGUCCCAGAUCCACAACACCUGCUGGGCCCUGAUGGGGCUGAUGGCCGUUCGGCAUCCUGACGUCAAGGCCCAGGAGAGAGGAGUCCGGUGUCUGCUUGAGAAACAGCUCCCCAAUGGCGACUGGCCCCAGGAAAACAUCUCCGGGGUCUUCAACAAGUCCUGUGCCAUCUCCUACACGAGCUACAGGAACAUCUUCCCCAUAUGGGCCCUCGGCCGCUUCUCCCAGCUGUACCCUGAGAGAGCCCUUGCCGGCCACCCCUGAGAACAUGCCUGCCUCCUGGGUGCAGACCAUUAAGGCCAAGGGGUCCUGGCCAGGUGGGGGAGCCCUCCCAUAACCUUGUCUCUGGCUCCAGCCCCUCAACUCCUGCCUCACAGACAUGAGUCUGGGGACCAGGCUGGAGGCAGGGAUGCGGACAGGGUGGGUGGCUUAGACUCUUUGAUUUUUACCAUAGGUUCAUUUCUGAGAGUAGCUUGUCAGGCUUGGGUGAGGAGGGGGCGCUGGAGCCACAGCCCUGGGGAGGCACAGUGCCUUUCACGCCUCUGGGCACAGCCUCCCCAGGGAGUGAGGCUAGUAGGGUUUUUCUGACCAAUAGCUGAGUUGGUAGAGGAAUAGCUGCACCUGUGCGAUUCCUGCCUGGCACUGUCAUGUGGGCUCUGGGUUGGGGUUGGCCCUGGGCAGGCUGUUCUCCUGCACCUUCUGUCUGCCAGGUUGAUGGACACAAGGGCGAUUCUGACAAUGGCAUGUACGGUGCGCAUCCGUGAACAGCCCAGUGCAGGGGGUGCUCAUGGAGCAUCUCGAGGCUGUGUAGCAGGGAACCCCAUGCCCCUGGGUCGUGAGCUCACCUGCGGAACGGUGGGCGGAGCCUCCAUACCCACCCAGGGUCGUGAGCUUGCCUGCAUUUGGUGGGGGGUGCCGGAGCAUCCUGAGGUUGUUUAAUGGGGAGCCUCCAUACCCCUGGGUCGUGAACUCACCCAUGUGGAAUGCGGUUUGUGAGGUGCCUACAGGGUUUAUAGUCGCCCUAUGGACAGAAAUGCACAUGGGAGGCACAGCGUAACCAGGGGUGAGCGGCAGACAGCAGUCAUGGUCACUAUUGCAGGGCACUGCUCUGUACAGGGACAGCCAGUGCCCAGUCCAUCACCACUCCCUGGGCUGGCUGGGCAGGAUGGCACCCUGGGGGCCUAGCAUAUCCCCAGGCCCAGGCAGGUGCUCUGGGCUGGAGUGAGGGCCAGGUGUUGGGGGAGGCUUCUCUGGGUGAUCCUCUGAGCUCCCUUCUAGCUUCUGACCCAGCUAGUCUGGCUUGCAUGGAUGUAGGCCUUAGGAUAGGAAGUUCAGGUCCUGGCUAUGCCUUUGACUGAUGUGGAUGAGCCAUUCACGUGCUCGGCGUCACCCUGAGGCUGUCACUGUUCUCCCUGGCCAUCGGGAGGAGUCACUGAGAAUUUUGUCACCACUGCUGCCUUGCCCAGGGCACACCCUACGCCUCCUCAUCUGCUCUUCCUCCCCUCCCUGCCGCCUCCUGGGCAGGUGGCAGCCCCUGGGCCCUCCCCGUCUGACCGUCCUCUCUCAGGCAGUGGAGAUCUGUGUCUGGACACCCUCGGAGCCUGUCAUUUCCUGCCUAGAGUCCUUCAGGGCCACCCCUCUGCCUUGGUGCAGGGUCCAGGACUCUCACCCAGGCUCCGUGCCCUCUGGGGUCUCCUGCACAGCUCCCUUGCCCCAUGUGCUGUCACUGACUCUCCUUGGGACUCACCUGCCUGCUCGGAGCAUGCAGAGCCUGGUCGGCCGCACGUGCAGGCAGCUGCCUGUAGAGUGUCAACACUUUCCUACACAUCUGAAAACUAGGGUUUAGUUUGGCUGAAGGAACUGUGUUGGGACCCUUGGCAUCUGUCAGGUUUGCACGUGCUGUUUUUUUCCAGAGCCCAUGUGUUCCCACCUGGGGCAGCAAUAGGACAGUGAGUCCCAGAGUCUGCCUGGAGCAGCAGCUGCUGUCCCUGGGCCUCCUAGCCACUGCCAGAUCACUGUACAAAAUAUCAGUUUUCUGGAAAUGAAAUGUAAAUCCAUCUUUAUACUGAAAAUGUUAUUGAAGACACUUUUAUGAACAACUACUUUAAUAAACAGACAUUUGAUUCCCUUA